AUGCAUGAUGUUUGUUGUGUGUUGUGUCAGUGGAUUAGUGGAGCAGAGGAAUCAACACUCGGCUCUGAGAAGAGUGACGCUAACACUGUCCACAUCACACUGAGACAGCCACUCGCAGGAGACCCAGGACCAGGAGAUAAGGGUGAAAUGUCCUGUCUGGAUGAGGUGCCCUUUAAGAUCCCUCUUGGCUUUCUUGAGAAUGCUAAAGAAGAGGUUGAGCUCAUCACAGCUCCAGAAAUCACUCUGCCCGACUACCUGAAGAUACUGCAGGAAACUGAGUAUGUCUUCAGCCUGGAGAACUGGGUUCUCACGGGUCUCCAGGGCGGCUAUCCAACCCUCAAUCCCCACUCUUCCUGCGAGCUGGCGACCUGUCCUCCAUACUGGAUGAUGUUCAGCAGCCCUCAGGAGAGCAGGUUAGCCAGCCGCUGGAGCAGUGACUUCUGGGAACCCAACCCUCGUCCCCGCAGCCGCAGCUUAAACGUGGCCCACUACCGCACGAUGAACGCUCGAGUCAAAUUCACCAUCUCUGACUCGGAAGAUGAAGAGUUUACAGAACAAGAUGGCGCCGCUCUUGCUGACAGUGAAGCACAGUCCAAACGGGGUGGUUUGGGUUUGCCAAGACAGGGGCCAGGGUUGAAAGACUUGCACACUUGUGGAUCAUCAAACUUCCUCAAGCUGCCUUCAUCUUGCAGCCUCGCCGCACAGAGCCAGGGGACGUCGUCUUCACACUGCAGGCAUAACUCACCCAAAAGAAACUUCCAGAGGAGUCAGAGCUCUGCUGGUCGUACAAAUGCAUCUCCCACAGUCUCCCCCAACAACUUGCAGUCUGAAUGCAUUGACAAUCCCACCCCAAAGGCCCAGGGUUCAUCCUACCCCCCGGCCCCAUCACGGCCACUCAAUUCCCACGCUGGCGUCCUGGACUCUUCGGUCGAGCUGCUCUCCGCUCUCAGCCCAGAGGAGAGGGAGCUGCUGGCGGCGGUGACCGAGCGGGGCUACCCUCUCCGUGCGGCCUUCAUCGCCCUCCAGAAAACUGGCCAGCAGAGUCCAGAGCAGAUCUUGAGUUAUAUGGUGGCGUGUGAUCGGUUAUGUGAACUCGGCUAUGAUGAAGCUCAGGUUGAAGAAGCACUUGAGAUGUUUCAGAACUGUGAGACCAAGGCUGAGGAGUUCCUUCACCUUCUUGCUCAGUUUCAUGAAAUGGGCUUCCAGCAGAACGUCAUUAAAGAGGUUCUUCUGGUGCAUGAGAACCACAGAGAGCGAGCGCUGGAGGAGCUCAUGACCCGCGUGGCCUGAUCCCAUGCGUGUUAUGAUGCAGUGAAUUAGCUGCGAUCAUGGUUUGUGUGUUCACCGAGCUCGUAUAGCUGUUGCUUGUUUAUCAUAUGCUGCUCUGUGUUUAUCCGUUGUGCAUUCUAGACGUGUUGAGGCCUUGGGGAAAAGCAAAAUUUGACAGUUGACACAACACGCUUUUAUAGUGUUUUCCGUAGCAAUCAAACUUUUGUGGCUUUAUUUAUUGAAAUGUAAACCAUUUAUUAUGUUAAUUUUCUUCUUGGAAUUCAUACAAUUAUUCAACUUUUUAAAAUGCAUUAUAAUUGUUAAGCCAUAUAUAUAUAUAUGGACACUUUAACAUCAUAUUCAUCUUUCCAGUUUCUAUAUGGUGCCUCCAUUUACUUACAACUGAAAAACCCAAGGUGAGACAGUGUAAUCUGCACUAUUUCUGGUUUGUAUUUAUCUAAAUGUUUUUGUCAGCCGAACCUUUGACAUAAUAAAUAUAUAUACAGGU